UAUGGUAUGAAAGCUGCUCUGGAAAAUACUUUCCCACUGAAGAUCUUCUUUAAGCUGGCUACCAUUUGAUAUGUCUUCUAAGUAGGAUCUUGACUGUUGCCAAUGAUAUGGAAUGAGUGGCCAAAUCUGCUGUAGCAUCCUCAUGAGUCAGUGACCUGUAAGUGCUCAUUAUGAAGAGAGAUCUGGUUUUCUUGGUGAGUCUAAUUAGCCUUGCCUUCCUGUCACUGCUAAGGUCUGGAUAUCCUCAACAUAUUGCAGAGGACUCCUGCUCUGUUCAAAUCCUUGUCCCAGGCCUCAAAGGGGAGGCUGGAGAAAAGGGGGAAAAAGGUGCUCCAGGUCGUCCAGGCAGGGUUGGGCCUCCAGGAGAAAAAGGAGAAAUGGGGGACAAAGGACAGAAAGGCAGCAUGGGGCGGCAUGGAAAAAUCGGUCCUAUUGGUUCAAAAGGUGAAAAAGGAGAUAACGGUGACAUAGGACCACCGGGUCCUAAUGGUGACCCAGGCAUCCCCUGUGAGUGUAGCCAGCUAAGGAAGGCUAUUGGUGAAAUGGAUAUCCAAGUGGCCCAGCUGACGACAGAAUUAAAAUUCAUAAAAAAUGCUGUUGCUGGUGUGCGUGAGACAGAUAAUAAGAUAUAUCUGCUGGUGAAGGAAGAGAAAAGAUACAAGGAAGCCCAGCUCUACUGCCACGGAAGAGGAGGGACGCUGAGCAUGCCCAAGGAUGAGAAUGCCAACAAUCUGAUUGCCUCGUACAUCAACCAAGCUGGGCUCACCAGAGUUUUCAUUGGGAUUAACGACCUAGAGAAAGAGGGAAAUUUUGUCUAUUCUGACAGAUCGCCCAUGCAGACCUUCAACAAGUGGCGCAGUGGGGAGCCCAACAAUGCUUAUGAUGAGGAGGACUGUGUGGAGAUGGUGGCGUCUGGAGGGUGGAAUGAUGUUGCAUGCCACAUUACCAUGUAUUUUGUUUGUGAAUUUGACAAAGAAAAUGUGUAAGCUUGUCUGGUCUUUCUUUAUUUUAAGAAAUGUUUUCAAGCAGGUUGUACAAGUUAGCCCAUGUUUAUAGAGUACAAGUGAUAUUUUACAUGUAUGUGACAUCGGUGUUGUACAGCUGUAAAUACAGUGUAGGUAUUUCAAAUAUCGGUAUUUACCCUUCAGAAGGGAAGAGCACUGAUAAGUAAUACAUAGCUUUUUUUUUUUUUUUUUUGGUAGCAAAACGUAACUAUUUAGAUUAAAAAAGAAAAAGUGUUUUGGGGCUAAAUUCUGACCUCACAACAGUUAUCAAAUGUGUUGGCAUGACUGUAGGGGAAGGCAGAAUUUGGCCUCUAGUUUUUAGACUGAUCAUUUCUGAAGAAGUAGAUUCUUGGUAUUCUUUUACCUUAGCAAAUUUUGUAGUUAUAAAUGUUAAUUGCUUGUAGGUCUACAGGGAUAUUUCAGCAAGAAAGCAAAUAUUUUGUAUACUCCAGUUAAUUAGUACAAAUAUUACCAUAAGGUUUUUUUUUUUUUUUUGAUGUGAAGGUGUUACAACUUUUUUUUUUUUUUAAAUAGCUAAAGCAAGUGAAUAAAUCAGGAGCCCUA